AAAGUCCGGUCAUAUGAUACUCCUUUGGGGGGGGGGGGCUUACAUAUGCAAAAGUACUUUUUAAAAUCCCAUCACAAAUGCUCUCUUGACAACACAGCUACUUUAGCUUUAAGCGAAUACCUUGUGUUACACGAAGCUCAAGCCAAGGACAUUGUCGCUUGUUUUUUCACUGGGAGCUUAGCCAAAAUAUCAAAGCCUUGAAUCACAAGUAGGAGCUCAGGUGUGUUCUGGUAUACCCCAUAAUAUUUCUGCUGCUUGUGUGAUAAGGCACUUAACUGUUAUUGUGAAAGAGCUCAAGGAUGUCUGGUCUUGGUCUUGGUGUUGGGUACACAGAGUCCCUGAAGCACUCGGGGAUGACCUAUAAGUGAACGGGUGUAGAAGAGCAUAUUUUCAUUCUUCUGCGCUCCCUUCCACACGAGGACCAUGAUUAACACUGUCUUUCUCUGCUGGAUCUGUGUGUCCGGGCUUUGUGAAUCUUUCCCCUUUACUGCUAACUUAUCGACCCUGAAUCAGUUUUCAAAUGCGACUGUGUUGGAUUCGCCGUUUCUUCAACUGCGGACCAGACUGCCGUCCUAUUCGCAGCCAAUUCGCCCGUACUCCUUGCUGACGAAUGCUGAGGACUUUCACUACUUGCCUAAAUCCAGGCAUCGGCGCCCAGCUCAGCUCCUGCGUCUUCUGGGGUCCUCCUAUGACCCGUUCUGGAUGUCCAUCGGUCCGCCCCCUGAGGCCUCUGGGGGUCACAGCGAUGGUCGAGCUUUGUUGCGUGGUGACACACUCAACUACACCACUUUCAAAGGGAGGUUUAAUCUAAGUUCUUCUCCGGAGCUCAAAGAGGCCGCAGGAAAGCAGCACCAUAUACUGCGGAAGGACGUUGCACAGCUGGACCUCGGGUUUCUGUCUCCAGAUGUUGCCAUGUCAGUCAGAGCUUGGCUGCUGCAAUCAGCAACAUGUGAAUUACACUAUCGCUGGGUGGAUCUUGGCCCAGCCUUCUGGCCCCGCUGGGUGCGACACACCGAUUGUGGAAGAUCCCUUGGAGGGCGAAGUUGCUCCUUUCCCAGGGGAAUGGAAUGUGUGAGAGCCCAGACAGCGCACAUAAGGAUCCUGGCCUGGCACUGCGUAGAAAUUCGAGAUGGAGGUAAUAAAUCUGGGCAAAUUAAAUCCGAAAGGUCCGACGACGAAGCAUUAAUCAGGUGUUUAUGGAGGCAGGUUGCUUACCCUGUGGUUGCUGCAUGUGCGUGUUCGUGUGUAUAACUGUGAUUGUAACAGUUUUGUACUUAUUUGUAUCAUGAAAUUUAUUUCAAUGAAUCUCAAUGCGUUAUUAUUGCGGCUAAAACUGCACGACAUUAACAAAUCUACUGUAUUUUUCCAUUUUUAUUUGCUAAUUUACUGUGUAAAUCAGAAACAUUAGUGUCUCAACAGGGCAGUUAAAAUCCAAACACAGUCCUCUGUUGUUGCUUUAUGAAGGCUUCUAUGACGUUUCCUACCUUUGCUAUGGACAGGUAUGCAUUGGGAGUCACAUGUUGCUUCUGUAAAAGUCUUGAAAGUAGCAGCUACCAAUUGGCUAUGUUUUGCUUUGGUUGUGCAACAUUAUUUGAGUAAUUUUUACAAUUGUGGUUGUGUAUACAUUUCUUACCAUUUUUUUUUUUGUAAUUACGAUUAGUAUUAAGUUCAAAAUGCAACUUUAUAUUUUAUAGGAAAAAAAAGAAAUGAUAGUGUAAACCUUAAAACAUGUACUUUUAUUUCUAUUUCAUUUUACAUUUUCAUUACUAUUUCAUGAAAUAAUUUGUUUUUUCUAAAAGCCUUUUUAAUAGAGCCAUAAGCAACAUUUAAUCUGAACAAAUGAUUUAAAUCUUAGUGCUGUAGUAUACUAGCUGCUUUCCCCAAUGAAGUUUCUUGACCUCAAACAUUAUCAUUGUUCAUGAGGUUCUGAUAUCAGCUUCCAGUGCACUAUUAUUAUAAGUUCAUUCUUUGCUUUACUCACACACUUGUUUGCUUCUUUGUGAUUUAAAUGUAUGUAAACAUUGCAAAACAGCCAUUAAAAAAGUUUUUACCACUGGAAAAUAAAA